AUGACUCGCCUGAACCCUCCUCUACCUAAUCCCAAGUGUACACCACACGUGUGGGAGUACGAGAAGAUCCGCCCAAGUCUUCUACAAGCUGGAAAGUUUAUUACCGAGAAGCAUGCCGAACGCAGAGUGCUGAUGCUUGUAAAUCCAUCCAGAGAUGCUCCUUACACCACUGACACGAUUUAUGGUGGUCUUCAACUAGUCAUGCCAAAUGAAACAGCGCCAGCGCAUCGACACACUGCAUUCGCCUGCCGCUUUAUUAUCGAAGGAGAGGGUGGAUUUACUGCAGUACACGGCCAGAGGAUCCAGAUGCGGCGCGGAGAUGUCAUCCUGACACCUACCUGGAACUGGCAUGACCAUGGCAAAGACGGCUCUGGACCAAUGAUUUGGCUAGAUGGUCUAGACCUUCCAAACUUUAUCCAUUAUCCAGUUCAUUUCGUGGAACACUAUGCCAACCCACGGUAUCCGGCGAAAAAUGUCGACUCCAGCACUUCCCCAAUUGUCUUCCCAUGGGAGCCCAUGAAAGCCCGACUAGACGCCAAAAGCGAAGAUCACACUAUGGAGAGAUAUCUGAAGUCUGAUGGGUCCGAAAUUAGCCGCACGUUGGGGGCAGCUGCUAUCCGCAUAUCGGCUGGGAAGUCAACCAAAUCGAUUCAAGAAACCUCUUCAGCCAUGGUACAUGUAAUUGAAGGCAGAGGAAGGUCUUUGAUAGCAGGGAAAGCAUACGCCUGGCAGCAAGGUGAUACAUUCUGCAUUCCAGCGUGGCACGAGCAUCAGCAUCAUGCAAGUAAACAGGGCACUGUCUAUUUGUAUGUAUGCCAUGACCAGCCUAUGGUCAAGUCGUUAGGCUUUUACCGGGCAAAUGAUGAGGAUAUCGAGGCCCUAGCAUAUAGUUGA